UUUUGAAAGAUUUAGUUGUCAUUUUGAAAUUCUUUCAUUACGACGUUUUACUAUCAUGGCGGCCGCCGUAGGUAGGAUUUGUGGGGCACGACUUUUGAAAAAUUACGGAUUAGUUGCCCCCCAGGUGUGUCAGCUGUCCACCAGUGCAAAAGGUUGGACGAAAAGCAGAAAAAUAUGGCUAUCAACAUUAGGAGUGGUGGGGGGCGGAGUUGGUGCUUUACUCUUUGCAUUAGAACAAUCAGUGCAAGCUUCUGGAACUGAAGCACAUCCUUACCAUCAGCCCUGGAGUCACAAUGGCUGGUUUAAUUCAUUUGACCAUGCCAGUGUCCGACGUGGUUACGAGGUUUACAAGCAAGUUUGCAAAGCAUGCCACUCUCUGCAAUAUAUAGCCUUCCGUAAUUUAGUUGGAGUGACCCACACUGAAGCCGAAGCCAAGGCUGAGGCUGCAGAAGUGAUGAUCAAAGAUGGACCGGAUGAAGAAGGAAACUAUUUCGAAAGGCCUGGAAAGCUAUCAGACUAUUUACCAUCUCCAUAUCCCAACGAGAAUGCUGCUCGUGCUGCCAAUAACGGGGCCUACCCACCGGAUUUGUCCCUAAUCGCAUUGGGACGCAAGGGCGGCGAAGACUAUAUCUUCGCACUGCUCACUGGCUACACAGACCCACCGGCCGGUGUUGCCCUUCGUGAGGGACAAAACUACAAUCCAUACUUUCCUGGUGGAGCCAUUUCCAUGGCUCAAGUUCUUUAUGACGAGGCUGCCGAGUACAGCGACGGGACGCCGGCGACAGCUUCGCAACUGGCGAAGGACGUGUCGACGUUCCUGAGAUGGUGCGGCGAACCAGAGCUGGAUGACCGCAGACUCAUGACCAUCAAAGUGAUUGGCAUGUGCUCCAUGUUAGCAGCCGUAGUGUACUACUACAAACGACACAAGUGGUCAACAAUGAAGUCCAGAAAACUAGCCUACAAACCCGUCUCUAAGAAAUAAAACUGUAGCAAAUAGCAUAUUAUUAAAAUGUUUUAGACAAUUUUUUUUUUCAAUAGGCACAGUUACAUGUUAUUAUGUUUAUAAUUAAAAUAAUUUAUUUUGUAAUCUGUCGACGUUUUGAUUUCCGUAUUACCAUUUACAACCUAUGGUUGAGUGAUAUGUUAUUUAUUGUUAUGGAUGGGGCACAGUCUACUAAACGGUAAUGCUGUGCUUAGUGAUAUUACCUGAAGCUGUCAAUCAAUGUACAGUCAAUAAAAGAGUUAUUGAUAAUCAGA